AACUUCCUCCAAACUCCUCUCCCAUAAAUACUCUUCAAACCCUCUCACGUAGCAUUUGUUUCUCUGUAGUCCCUUGCUCUAGUGCCUCUCUCUCUCUCACACAUACGCACAGACACAAACACGGGAAUAUAUAUAUAUAACACAGAUACUCCGUAUACUGAUUAACACAGUUUUUAACAGGACAAUGUCAAGAAAAUCAUGCAAAAGAGUGAGCUUUAGUCCCGACCCAGAAGCGACGGAGGAACCAAUCUUCCCGAAACAUGGGGAAUUCAGCUGUCAAAGGCAAGGCCGGAGAAGGGUCGUUGUCGGAUUUCUAAGUUUUGGCCUUAGGAGAUCGCCGGCCAGAAGGAUGCUUAGACGCCUCGGCGCCAGAGUCGUCAAAACGCUGCGUUUUAUAUCCUCAGGGAAAGGGAAAACGACGUCUUCUUUCUCGUCACGGAAGGUCUCGUCGGCGUCUUCGUCUGCGCACUUGACGAGGUCGAAGUCCCUGGCUGAGUCAGAGUCUCACCGAGCAGAAGCCAUUGAAGACUGUAUCGAGUUCUUGAACUCUUCUUCGUCUCUGUCGAGAUCAAACUCUGUCUCCACGUGCUCCUGUUAGUUGAGUACUUGAUACGAUUCGCCCUGUGAAUUCUCGUGCUUCUUUUGUUAAGAGAGAAAAUUGACAAGAACAAAAAAAAAAGAGAUGCUUUAGAUAUCUGUAGAAUUCUUAGUUGUGUUCUAUCUUCUGCUUCCCCAUUCACUGAUCUUUUUUUUUUUUAUAAUAUGUGAUUGUUGUCAUAUUCGAACUCUGUGGAUACUUUGCUUCCACAACGACUAAAACACCAACUCCUGACCCUAUUCACUAAAACACUAUCAUGUUCUUGAUUUUGUUUUGUUUUCAUAAUUCAAGGUGAUGAUCA